GCUUUAUCGUGGUUUGGUUUACUAACAAAAGGAAUAGAAUGUCACAGAUACUUCAUCCAGCCAACAUCAAGUUGUCUGGCAUGUGCACCAGUGCAGACAGAAAGAAUGAAUCUCCAUAUUCCGUGGAAACUCCUUAUGGUUUCCACCUGGAUCUGGACUUUCUGAAGUAUGUGGAUGACAUAGAGAAAGGAAAUACCAUCAGGAAAGUUAAAAUACACAAGAAAGCCAAGCAACAAAAAUGCAGCACAUUGCCAAGAAAUUUCAGCAUGCCUGUUACACGGCUCCCCUCGGCUGAAUCUCAUCCCUGCAGAAACCAGAGGGAGAAGUGGUUGGCACCUCCUUCCUGGGAACAGGCUAAUGGAUGUAAAGUGACUGGCAUUCAAAACGUAUUCAUGCGUUCCCCGUGUAACGCCGACCCAGUAUUAUCAGAAUGCAACAAGCACGACUACAGAUCUGUAAAGACAAUAUCUGACACCAGGGCACGGUUGAAAGGGAAUGAGAAAUUUCCAAGUUGGGGGAGACCUUCUUUUCUUCGGGCAGCCAGCGUGCCCACUGAUUUCAAGGAACUGAGUUUGGAAGAACAGCAAGGAAACCGUUCCUCAUUCCAGCAGAAAUUAAAGUGCCUGGAUAGUGAUGUCCUCAGUACAUCGGCUGACGUAGCUGUCCAGGAGAACUCCACCACAGCUGACGCAACAUCACAGUCGAAGCUGACACCAACACAGCUCUCUCAGAUACAGGAACAAUUUAGGAUUUCUCAAGAUAAAUCCAAAAAGGUGGAGGAGCAAGUAAAAAACAUUUCUGAACUUAAAAAACAGAUACUUAUGUUGCAGGAAAAGAAUAAACAGCUUCAUAUUCAAAUAAAAAAUCAACAAAGCACUGUGCGGAAUACAAGUUAUAAGUUACAAGAAAAAGCCAAUGGCAAUAUCAACAAAACUGAGUGCAUCAAUAAAGGAAGUCAAGGCCAUUCGGCAAUAACAACAAUUGGCUCCGAAGGGCAAGUGUUAUGUUUAAGUAAAAGUCCAUCCUCUGAAUUAUUUAUGACAAAUGCCAGUUUGAAACAUGAAAGAAUUUCUGACCUGGAUUAUCAAAAUAAAUUCACUUCAACUUUUGCAGUAAGUGAAAACAAGAGCUUUGACCCUGUUCCUCACAAUGAAUUACUUCAGACCUCGUCUGCCGUAGGAGGUGAUGAGCACAGAAUGAAGGAUGUGGGCAUUCAGGUUACUGAAGCGGAGGUGGGUUUGGCACGAGGGGCACACACUAGCCCAAAGAAACUUGCUAUUAAUGAACUAAGAACCACUGUCUCCACAAUGGGGAAGCAGUUUGAAGGCGGAACUCAUGAAGGAAAGCCUGACUCCCAAGGUGCAACACUUGAUGACAUCAGGGUUAGCCUCGACCCAAAGACACCACAAGGAGACCAGGCUAUGCAUUUGGAAAAGAAAGAUGAACAACAAGACCAGUCUGAAUCUGAUAUGACAAGUAAUCAACGAAACAACGUUGAGGCUUCUGAACCAAAGCCAAGUGAAGCAAAGGGAAAAUACAUGGACAGACUUGACCUCCGCCCAUUCACUCGGUCAGUGGGCUGUGGAGACUGUACUGUGAACGUAACAAUCACAACAUUAAAAGAGACGCAAACUCGUGGAGUCAACACAGACUGUAUCAGUGUCCAUGAUGCAAACAUUAUGGCAACAGUUGAAACAAGUGACAAAGCAACAGAUGUUACAAUCAGGAUGUGCAGCAAAGCUGUCGAGACCGAGCAUGCACAAUCAUUGCACUGCACUCAUGAUAUAAUUAGUGCGUCUCACAGAGGGAACAAAGAAGUAAAACCGACUGGAGUUGGAGGCGACAAGAUAACGAGCAAUUCUGACAAUCUAAGCAGCAAGCACGGCAGGUCUAUUACUAACAGCCAUGAUAUGAUCAAGAGUGAUAAAGGACAUUUGAUUAUCACAGGCAGCCAAUGCAGUGAAUGUGAGAAAGAAUUCAAUUGUCAACAUUCAGAUUCCCAGGAUGUGACUUUGGGUACAUUCAUGCAACCUAAAUCCGAGUUAAUUUCAACAAAUCCUGAAACAGAACAGUGUAUUAAAAAAAUUGAGGAACUUUUGUGCAAACAGCAAUCUUUUUUGGAGCAGAAUUAUCCUGAGUUGGCAGUGAACUUUAAGAAACUUUGUUCCAGUAUUGAGUCUCUCAGCAGUCAACUAAUGAACUCUCUUCAACCAUUGCCCUCAACAAAUGCUGUACGUAACCAAUCAGGAGGGAGCUCUCAAAGAAGAGAAUGUGAAGCAACACUGUUCCAAUCUUCAAACCUGAAAUCUAUUAUGAAAAAGGAAGGUGGAAAUGUCAAAUUGAGGAAUCUCCCAGCCAAAAAAAACCUUCAGUUUAUUGGUGUAAAUGGCGGCUAUGAAAGCACAUCAAGCGAAGAUUCCAACUCAUCAGAAGGUCCAGACAGUGACUUGGAAAAGGACUAUGUCAACAAAGCAGAAAUGUCCAAGGACACCGAGGGAGCAGAGCAUGGUGAAGUUCAGCCAACAAGAAUCGAUGCUAACGUCAAUGUUAGGCAGCACUGCAGCAAAAGGCACGAAUUGAAGUUGGGCCUCAUCUCUGCUUGUCUGAACCUGAAGGAUCACCUCAAUGAACUGGAGGUCACAAAUGAUAAAGACGUGAGGCAGAAUUUAAACACUGUUCAGUGGGAAUGGUUCAGGAUUUCCAGUCAGAAAUCCGCAGCUCCUGAGACUGUUCAAGACUUUCUCCUAGAACUCCAAGAGAUGUCACCAGAUCUCCUUCACUUCGUUGUAAAUGUGGCCGAUGAAAAUCAGAACACCGCACUCCAUUACAGUGUCUCCCACUCCAAUUUUCCUAUUGUGAGACUCUUACUGGACACAGGUGUCUGCAAUGUGGACCAUCAGAACAGGGCAGGAUACACUGCGACCAUGCUAGCAUCACUGGCUUCUGCUGAAACAGCUGAAGAGUUGGCGGUGGUCAGGAAGCUUCUGCAUUUGGGAAAUGUCAAUAUCCAAGCUACUCAGGCUGGUCAGACAGCUUUGAUGCUAGCUGUCAGUCAUGGAAGGACCGAUAUGGUUACAGCUCUCCUGUCUUGCGGGGCUGAUAUUAAUAUCCAGGAUGACGAUGGAUCCACUGCACUCAUGUGUGCAUGUGAGCAAGGAAACGUGGAGAUGGUUAAGCUGCUGUUGGCUCAGCCUGAGUGUAACAUUGCAUUAACUGAUAAAGAUGGCAACACUGCUUUGACCAUUGCACAGCAAGCUGGGCAGAAGGACACUGUUGUACUGUUGAACACCCAUAUGGAUUGUGGCAUGUCAUAGAGUCAUACAGCACGGAAACAGACCCUUUGAUCCAACCAGUGCACGCCGAUCACAUUCCAAAACUAAACUAGUCCCAUCUGCCUGUCCUUGGCCCAUAUCCCUCCAAACGUUUCUUAUUCAUGUACUCAUCCAAAUGGCUCUUAAAUAAUGUAACUGUACCCACAUCCACCACUUCCUCUGGAAGUUCAUUCUACAUACAAAUACAAAAAAAAAUCCCCUCAUGAUUUGUUAAUAUCUUUCUCCUCUCACCCUAAGAAUGUGCCCCCUUGUCUUAAAAUCCCCCAUCCUAGGCAAAGACACCUGCCAUUCACCUUAUCUAUAUUUCUUAUGAUUUUAUAAACAUCAGUAAUGUCAACUCUCAACCUCAUACGCUCCAAUGGAAAAGGUCCCAGUCUAUCCAGGGUCUCCUUAUAAUUCAUACACUCCAAUCCCAGCAACUUCCUGGUAAAUCUCUUCUGAAUCCUCUCCAGCUUAGUAAUAUCCUUCCUAUAACAGAGCGGCAAGAACUGGACACCGUAUACCAGAAGAAGCCUCAUCAACGUGAUGUCCCAACUCCUGUACUCAAAGGUCUGAACAAUGAAGGCAGGUCAUAAGCACGGUAUCUAUAUGUGAUGCAAACUUCAAAGAAUUAUGUACCUAAGCACCUCGGUCCCUCUAUUCUACAACACUACCCAAGGCCCUGUUUUUAUUUGGAUAAGCCUUUCCUUUGUUUUACCAAAAUUCAAUACUUCACAUUUCUCCAAAUUAAACUCCAUCUGCCACUCUUCAGCCCAUUGACCCAAUUGGUCAAGAUCUCUUUGUAAUCUUAGAUAACCACCUUCAUUGUCCACUAUACCAACAAUCUCAGUGUCAUUUGCAAACUUAUUAAGUUGUUUGGGGAGAGACUUCAGGGUGUUCUGGUUCUGAAGGAUCUCUGUGUACUCAUUCUUGAGUCUCAGAAAACUAGCAUGCAGGUACAGCAAAUAAAGAAAGUGAAUGGAAUGUUGGCUUCUAUAGCUAAAGGAAUAAAAUAUAAAUUUAUGGCAGUAUUGUUGAAACUGUACAAGGUAUUGGUGAGACCUCACCUAGAGUAUUGUGCAUAGUUUUGGUCCCCUUAUUUGAGGAAAGAUGUAAUGGCAUUGGAGGCAGUUCAGAGGACAUUCACCAGAUUGAUCCCAGAGAUGAGAGGUUUGACAUAUGAAAAGCGAUUGAACAGUUUAGGCCUACAAUCUCUGUAAUGUAUAAGAAUGAGGGAAGAUCAAAUUGAGGUAUUCAAGGUGAUAAGUGGUGUAGAUAAAAUAGAUGUGCAGCAGAUGCUUCCUCUUGUCGGGUAUUCCAGGAUGAGAAGCCAUGCUGUUAGGAGAAGGGGUAGCAAAUUUAAAACAGAGUUGAGGAGAAACUACUUCUCCUAAAGGGUUGUGAAUCUAUGGAAUUCACUGCCUCAAAGUGCAGUGGAUGCUGAGAUAGUGAGUAAAUUUAAGGAGGAGUUAGACAUAUUUAAUUGGUAAUGGUUGAAGAGAUAUGAAGAGAAGGUGGGAAAUUAGGGGGGAGGAGCAUAUCAACCAGGAUCGAAUUGCAGAGCAGACUCAAUGGGCCCAGUGGCCUAAUUCUGCUCCUACAUCAUAUGAACUUAUGAACUAACCAUGCUUUCUAUAUUCUCAUAUAAGCCAUUCAUUUAAAUGAUGAAAGUGGACCCAGCACCAAUCCCUGUAGAACACCACUGAUCACAGACUUUCAAUCUGAAAAACAACCCUCCACCAUCACUCCCUCUCUCCUGCCAUUAAGCCAAUUUUGUAUCCAAUUGGCAAGGCUAACUCUGAAUCCCAUGUAAUCUAACUUUACUAAUUAAUCUACCAUGUGCAACCUUGUCAAAGGCUUUAUUAAAGUCCAAGUAAACAAUGUCAACCACUCAGCCUUCAUCAAUCUUCUUGAUUACUUCAAAGCUCAAUCAAGUUUGUGAGACAUAAUUUCCCUCACACAAAACCAUGCUGACUAUCUCUAAUCAUUCCUUGCUCUCCAAAUGCAAAUAAAUCCUUUCUGUCCACUACCGAAGUCAAACUCACAGGUCUAUAGUUCCCAGACUUUGCCUUAAUCCCUUCUUAAACAAAGUCACAACAUUAGCUCCUGUCCAGUCAUUCAGCAUCUCACCUAUAUUUAUAGAUGAUGCAACUAUUUUGGCAAGGAGCCCUGCAAUUUCCUCUCUGACCACCUGAGAUACACUAGAUCAGAUACUUGAGAUAUAUCCACCUUUAUACUUCCUACGCUCUCCAGUACUUCCUCUUCUGUAAUGUGAACUGUUUUCAAAACAUCAAUAUUUAUUUCCCUGAGUUCUCUAGCUUCCAUUUCUUUCUCCACAGUGAAAGACUGAUGUGAAAUAUUUGUUUAAAAUCUCUCACAUCUCCUAAGGUUCAACACAAAGACAACCUCUUUGAUCUUUAAGAGAUCCUAUUCUCUCUCUAGUUGCUGUCUUGCUCUUAAUGUACUCUUUGGACUAUCCUGAACCUUAUUUGCCACGGUUAUCUCGUAUCCUUUCUUUGCCUUCCUGAGCUCCCUCUUAAGAUUGCCCCUACAUUCUUUAUAUUGUUCAAGAGAUUCAGUUGGACUUAGUUGUCUAUAUCUCAUAUAUGAUUCUCCUAUUUUCUAAUUUCCAUUCUAUGUAGCUGCUCUUAUUUCUUCACAAUAAGAAGCAAUCAGUUUCAGGACAUUUAUUUUUGAUCUGGUGACAAUGAACACUUCACAUCUCUGAAUUGCAUAUUUGAAAACUCUGACAACCUUUACAAUUAAUUGAGUUAUCCUAAUUAUUUUAGUUUAGACUUUAGUUUAUUCUCUUCAACCAGCUAUUUACAAGCUGCAUUUAUGCAGCUUGAUAAUCCACCUUGAAUUGCUCCCCCAUCAGAACUUCCCAUCUUCAUAAAAGUAAAUGACUAUUCCAAAUAUACUACUUAUAAACUUGUUAUUGGAAUAAUUCUGUAAAAAUCUUGCUCUACAAUCAGCACUAAAUUCUGAGAUGCAUAUAUGUUUCGAAUUUAUGUUGUGUGAUAAUCUCUGACUGCCCUAAUAUUUAAGAUACAUAAAGAGUGAACUAUCAUAUAAUAUGGAAUUAAAUAGUGCUAAUCCCAUUUCAGUUCUGGUGAAAUUAUUCAAGCACAACACUUACUGUAAAAUAAAGGAUAAAUACAGACUGUUAAUAGUUAGUAUUCUGCAUUAAGAAUAUUCAUACACUUGCAAUCUCUUCAAGUUCAUAUAUAUUACAAAGUUUUAUUGGAAAGCAGAAGAAUUUAUCGAUGAGCAUGCACUGGUUAAUUAGCUGAAAUGUAAUGGAUUCAACAAUAACUAUAAUGCCAAAACACUUGUCGUUUUCAUCUCAUCUCCUAAACAGAAUUUUAUUCAUUUGUAAUAUUACUUGCUUAUUAAAAUUCAG